AACAAAUAAAGUGCUGAGACUUCCACCCACCAGUAGCACCCAGAGCCAGCCAGACGUAAAGAAGUAGAAGGACAGGCUGAGGAUUACAACAUCAGCAAUGGAAAGAGCUGGAGAAAUAAUGCAAAGUGUAUUCUCAGGACAGUGGGACCUAAGACAACAACGCAAAGUUCAGGAAGUUUCCAAAGAAUGUGAAAAUAUGCAGAACAUUACCGAUGCAGGGGAGCAAACAAUGCAACACAAACUCCAGGAAGUUCCCCUCCAAAAUGAAGACAAGCAGAACGGUACCUCAGCAAGAGAGCAAAGUACAAGACAACAACACAAGCUUCCCGACAUACCUAGCCAAAGUGAUGACAAGCAGCAGAAUAGCUCUGCAAGACAAUGGAAUACAAGACAACAACAUAAUAUUCAACAAAUUCCUUGCCAAAGUCAAGGCAACCAGGACGAUGACUUAUCUAGUAUGAACCCCUACACUGGCCUCGUGGAUAGCCUGCGUGCCACCUGGCUGUCGGGAAGGACACGUUCCAUGGACUAUCGGAAAGAACAGCUGGAGGCACUGGGUCGCUUCUUGGAUGAGAGGAAGACAGAUCUCCUACAUGCUCUGCAUGAAGACUUGUGCAAGCCCGUUUUCGAAUCGGAGCUCUCUGAGAUUUCCUUCACUAGGAAUGAGGUGAACAAUGCCCUUAACAACCUGUGCUGCUGGAUGAAGGAUGAAAAUACUUCCAAGAACUUGGCCACCAAGCUCGACUGUGCUUUCAUCCGCAAGGACCCCUUGGGUGUGGUACUCAUCAUUGCAGCCUAUAACUACCCAGUCAACCUUCUCUUGGUGCCUCUUGUGGGGGCCAUUGCAGCUGGGAACUGUGUAAUUGUCAAACCUGCAGAGCUAGCCAGCCACACUGAAAGGCUUCUUGCUGAAGCACUGCCUUGCUAUCUUGACCCGGAAACCUUUGCAGUAGUGACAGGUGGUGCUGAAGAAACAACCAAACUACUGGAGAACAAGUUUGAUUACAUUUUCUUUACAGGGAGUACCUGUGUGGGAAAGAUUAUCAUGUCUGCAGCGGCCAAAAACCUGACACCAUUGACCUUGGAACUGGGGGGCAAAAAUCCCUGCUAUGUGGAUAAGUGCUGCAAUUUCCAGAAUGCAGCCAACCGAAUAGUCUGGGGAAAGUUCUUCAAUGCUGGCCAGACUUGCAUUGCACCAGACUAUGUGAUCUGUACCAUUGAAACACAGGAGAGGCUGAUGCCCUGCCUGCGCCAGGCUAUCCGUGAAUUUUAUGGUGACUGCCCCCAGGGAUCGCCUGACUUCGGCCGCCUGAUCAACGAUAAGCACUUCCGGCGUGUCCGAGCAUUCUUGGAAUGUGGCCGAGUAGCCAUUGGUGGAGACUCUGAUGAGUGUGAACGUUACAUUGCUCCCACCGUACUGGCUGAUGUGAAGGAAUGGGAGCCAGUCAUGCAAGAAGAGGUCUUUGGGCCCAUCUUGCCCAUUGUCACUGUAGCAGACUUGGAUGAGGCCAUCCAGUUCAUCAACUGCAGGCCACGCCCACUGGCUGUCUAUGCCUUCUCCUGCGACUGCAAGGUUGUGAACCAGGUAUUGGGUUGUACCAGCAGCGGUGGCUUCUGUGGCAAUGAUACCUUGAUGCAGGCAACGUUGACCUCCUUACCAUUUGGUGGCAUUGGAUGCAGUGGGUUUGGCAAGUAUCACGGCAAGUUCAGUUUUGACACGUUCACUAACCAGCGUGGCUGCCUCUCCCGCUGCAUCGGUUUUGAGACACUCAACUGCCUGCGGUACCCACCCUAUGCUGAGAAAAACUUGGGAAUGUUGCUCUCCUUUGUCGAAGUCAAGCGCAAGGGCCUGUGCACCUUGCUGUGAACUCCCUGAACCACAUAUGCUUCCUGCUCCCAGGAGCUGUUAGGAAGAAUUUAACUGCUGAAGACAGGGAAAUUGUUUCAUCAUCUGCUGGAUUUUGGAUCUCUUCUCACCUCCUAAAAAGGCACUUGCAAAAACUCUUAGUUUCUGGGGGAAAAACUUGCUCCAUUAUCUUGAUUCCUUACCACAUGUUCUCCCACCCCUGCCUCCCUUUUGGUCUCAGUCUUGGUAGGCCCAAUACUUAGAUAGUGGUUAGAAUGCUCUCUUUGACCACUUGUUGGUUGCACAGCACCAAAUCUCUAUUCCUAUAACAGAUUUUCUUUCCAGUUAGGACUACCUAGUUCAAUUAACUAAGUACAAGUAUUUGUAAGGCUUUUGCACUAGGUUAAGAUCAGGGUUUAAUUUCCUUUUUAACAUAGUUUUAUGAAGCCAAUUACUGAUUUAACAUCCAUGAUCACCAGCUUCUUUGUAAAAGCUGGCACAAGUUCCACUGGAAUAGUUAUCCUCACAAAUAUAUAUGUACACCAAUCUCUAAGUUGUGAUAGAAGUAUUUAUGGGUGAAUGUAGAGGCUGGUGCUUAAACCGAUUUAAUUCCAAGGAGAUUCAAAGUUAAAUCCAUGCAACUUGUACAGGUAAGUCUUCUGUCAGUUUGGUACUCUACAUGCAGCCAUGUGCAAUCCCUCAGAUAUGCCCCUUCUGACAAGCCACAAUUUGUCUAACAUCUAUUUCUGUACUGUAGUCAUAUCCUUAACUCAAACUCCUCAUCCCAACCAUAAAUGGUGCACUGGGAUCCUGCUGGGAGGAAAGGCAGGAUAUAAUAAUAAUAAUAAUAAUAAUAAUAAUAAUAAUAAUAAUAAUAAUAUAUUUGCACUAGGCAAUCCUAAGCAUGAGUACUCAACUUCUGGGUCAUACCAAAUUCAAAUGGGCUUAUUUUGUAGUAAUUAGCCUUAACGAUUGCAGCCUGACUGACAUUACUUGGAUAGCCCAACAUUUUACAGGUACAUGUUUGCUUCUGUAAUAAAGAUCUUGAUCAAGUCUAA